GCCCCGCUCGGCUCCCGCUGCUCUCAAUCGGCUUUAGGGCGGCAGCGGCGGCGGCGCCGGCCCGGGGGGGACGCGCGGAGCCGGCCCGAGCCCCCCGCCCGCCGCGAUGCCCCCCUGCCCCCCGGGCACGGGGCUGGGGCACAGCUGAGCCCCCCAUGGGCUGCCCCCCCCGCGGGCACCAUGCGGACCGCGAGCCCCCUGCCCCUCUCGCUGCUGCUCUGGCACCUCCUGGACCUGGCGCUGGCCUACCUGACCGUGAGCAUCGAGCCGCUGCCGCCCGUGGUGGUGGGAGACGCCGUGACCCUGAAAUGCAACUUCAAGACGGACGGGAAGAUGCGGGAGAUCGUCUGGUACCGGGUAACUGAUGGUGGCACCAUCAAGCAGAAGAUCUUCACCUUCGAUGCCAUGUUCUCCACCAACUUCUCCCAGAUGGAGAAUUAUCGGAAGAGGGAGGACCUGGUUUACCAGUCCACCGUGCGCCUGCCCGAGGUUCGCAUCUCGGACAACGGGCCCUACGAGUGUCACGUGGGGAUCUAUGACCGAGCCACGCGGGAGAAGGUGGUCCUGGCCUCCGGGAACGUGUUCCUCAACGUCAUGGCCCCCCCGACGUCCAUCUCAGUGCUCGCCGCCGACACGCCUGCGCCGUUCAGCCGCUACCAGGCCCAGAACUUCACCCUGGUGUGUGUGGUGUCCGGAGGGAAACCUGCCCCCCUGGUGUACUUCAAGCGGGAUGGGGAGCCCAUCGAGGCCACCCCUCUGCCGGAGCCGCCGGCCGGCACCGGGAGCUGGGCCCCCCGCAACCUCCUGCACCGUGACCUGGACGACACCAAGGUGCCCAAAUCGCUGGCGGCCGAGGGCGAGCCGGGGGUCGGGCGAGCCUUGGGCACGGUGGAGCCGCCGCAGGGUCUGGCGGCCGAGCGGGAGGCAGUGACGGAGCCCAUCCCCGAGACCGUGGUGAGCCGCGAGUUCCCGCGCUGGGUGCACGUGGCCGAGCCCAUCUACUACUUCCGGCACACGCACGCGCCCGUCAGCGACGGCACCGUGGAGGCCAGAGCCACCCUCACCUGGACCCUGAACCCCCAGAUCGACAACGAGGCCCUGUUCAGCUGCGAGGUGAAGCACCCAGCGCUCUCCAUGCCCAUGCAGUCCGAGGUGACCCUCGUUGCUCCCAAGGGCCCGAAGAUCACGAUGACUCCGACAAGAGCCCGCGUCGGAGACACCGUGCGGAUCCUGGUGCAGGGAUUCCAGAACGAAGUCUUCCCAGAGCCCCUCUUCACCUGGACACGAGUGGGGAGCCGGCUCCUCGAUGGCAGCGCCGAGCACGACGGGAAGGAGCUGGUGCUGGAGCGGGUGCCGGCCGAGCUCAACGGCUCCAUGUACCGCUGCACCGCCCAGAACCCGCUGGGCUCCACCGACACCCACACCCGCCUCAUCGUCUUCGAAAAUCCAAAUAUUCCCAGAGGACCAGAAGACUCCAACGGUUCACUUACUGGCCACUGCGGCUUCAGGUUAGUUUUGGCGCUCACCCUGACAGUGAUCCUGGAGCUCACGUGAAGCUUCACCUGCCUCUUCCUCCUCCUCUUCCUCCUCCAUACGACUCCACCCGGCAUCUCCACCUCCGUCCAUCGGUUCUCUCGCUCUUUUUUUUUUCUAAUCUAUUUACAGUCUCGAUCUCUUCCCGUUCUGUGUCUUGGCUUCCUCAGACAAUUUAAUUAAAGGGAAAAAGAAAAACCUCCCCUAGUA